AGUAUUCCAUUGGAGUUCACUGAGAGAGAGAGAGAGAGAGAGAGAGAGAGAGAAAGAGAGACAGAGAAACAGAGAGACAGAGAGACAGAGAGAUGCAUACACAAAAUCUGGAAAUUAGUGCGUGAUAAAGCGAGAUGUACGCAAGAUACUUCAUCUAUUUCAUUAUCGGCCUUGCUUGCAUAUUAUUUGCUAGAGUAUGUUACGUGAUAUUCAUCAAACGCGAUAAGCCCAGGGGGGAGAGAUCCCAUCCGGCUAAAACGAUGAUAAUAUUAGGAUCCGGUGGACACACAGCCGAGAUGCUGCGGAUAGUUAAACAUUUGAAUUUCGAGAAUUAUACGCCCAGAGUGUACGUUCGUGCUUGGACGGAUAAGCUGAGUGCGGAGAAGGUCAAGGAGCUGGAGGAUGGCAAUGAGGAUUAUAAAAUUGUAGAGGCUUACAGAAGCCGGGAAGUUCGACAGUCGUACCUCACUUCUAUAUGGACCACUCUGUUCGCCACUCUCAACUGUCUUCCAAUCUUAUGGAGAGAAAAUCCGGAGCUUAUUUUAUGCAACGGUCCUGGCACUUGCGUUCCUUUAGCUUCAGAAGCAUGGAUAAACAACUCAAUAACAAGAGUAGAAGCUUGUUUAGACCGCGCAUGGGAAGUAUUGAACUCGGGCUACUGGAAAGAUGUUCCAAUAGGAUAUAGAUAUUGUUAUUCUCUGUGUGUCAUUGUUAAGGCAGUAUUAUUAGAAAUUCAGUAUGAUAACAAUAUUGAAAGCUUCAAUAAUAAAGAAGAGAAAAAAAAGACUGUAUUAAGGAAAAUUAUUAAUCAAAUUGAUAAAGGCAUUCUGCUAGGUGCACCUCUUCCUAGUGUACCAAAUUUAUUGACAACUAUUGCUACAAAGUUAAACGACCAUUGCGCUGAAGACUCUGGCAUUAUAAAUCUUGAAGAAAUUUCAAUCAAUCACAAAGAGAGUAAUGACUUAAUCUCUAAUUAUCCGGAUAGAUACUUUGAGAGACCAUCAAUGCAAACAUUUUAUAAUAAAAUUUUUGUGCCCAAAGUUCCGGCUAUAUUAACAGAUUGUAUGAAUCACUGGAAAGCACUAACAUUAUGGAAAAAUCCUAACUAUUUAAACAAGAUCGCGGGAUCUCGGACAGUACCGAUCGAAAUUGGAUCUAGUUAUACCGAGGAAGAUUGGACUCAACAUCUUGUUAAUUUCUCUGAAUUUUUACAAAAACACGUUAUUGCAAAUAAUAGCAAAGUCGGCUAUUUAGCACAGCAUCAAUUGUUUGAACAGAUACCAGAAUUAAAAAAGGAUUUUGAAGUGCCAGAAUAUUGCUGUUUCUCGGAUAGUGAGGACAAGGAUGUAGAAUCAUCAGAGGUUGACAUAAAUGCCUGGUUCGGACCUGCUGGUACAGUGUCUCCUUUGCAUUUUGAUCCAAAAAAUAAUCUGCUCUCGCAGAUAUUUGGUUACAAAAGAGUUAUCUUAUAUUCUCCAGCUGAGACAGAAAAUUUGUAUCCCUACGAUAGCAAAUUACUGAAUAAUACUGCGCAAGUAGAUCCGGUGAGGCCAGAUUAUGAUAAGUGGCCAAAUUUUCGUAAAGCUGACGGCAUGACGUUUCAUUUGAAACCUGGAGAAAUGCUGUAUAUUCCACCAAAGUGGUGGCAUCAUGUGACCGCUCUUACCCCUAGUUUUUCGAUCAGUUUCUGGUGGAAUUAAUUCUUAAUUAUUCUUAAAUAAAAUUCAAAUAAAACUUUU